GUGACAACUCUAUGCCUGUGAACCGAGAUUUCCCUGGGACUGCGGCAAACUAUGUAGGAUGGUAAUUGUACCUACGAAAGGUAGGGGAUCAAACUCGGGACAUUGGGCAUGGCAGUGGUGCUGGGGAUCAAACUCAGGACAUUGGGCAUGGCAUGUAAAUGCUUCAUCUCUGACCUGUGAGCCUAGUCCUGUCAGCACAUUCAGCACGGACUUCUGUGGAGCUUUCAUUACAGCAGGUGAAAGGUUGACUGCUAAAGACUUACAUUGCUUGAGGAAGAGGUCCAGAAGUGAAGGAAAAGGAGUCAGUAAUGGCUUUUGCUCAGGUUCUGGUGACCUUCAGAGAUGUAGCUGUAGAAUUCUCCCAGGAGGAGUGGGAAUCCCUGGACCUCACUCAGAGGGCUCUGUACAAGGAGGUGAUACUGGAGAACUACAGGAAUCUGGUUUCACUAGGAAUCUGUCUUCCUAACCUGGGUGUUAUCUCUACGUUGGCACACGGAAAAGAGCCUUGGACUGUGGAGAAUGAAUUGAAAAUAACAAAAACACCAAGUGGGUGGGAAUGUGUCAAAGGUAUGAGCACAGGUAUCUGUCCUACACAUGUGAUCCAGGAGUUAUCACCUAUAGAGAAGAAUAGCAUAGGAGAAAUAUCCCAAAGAAUGAUGUUGGAAAAACAUGAAAUACAUUACAUCCAAGACCUUUACUUCAGGGAAAUCUGGGAAAAAAUGUAUGAUAUUGAAUGUGAGUGGAGAAAUGAUGAAAGAAGUUACAAAGGAGUACCCGUCAUGCAAAGAAAUGAGUUUGCUGACAAAAGAGAUGAAUAUAAAAGUCCUGUAGAAAACAAGUCUUUUGAAAAUCAGCUUAAAUUAAGCUGUAGGACACAUCUAGCUGAGAUUCAGAGACUUCACAGUGAAAGUCAAAUUUAUGAAUGUAGUCAGUUUGAGAAAUCUGGCAAUACUGGUUCCUCAUUCUCACCACUUCCAACAAUUUCGCCCGGAGUCAACUCUACCAUUGCAAAGAUACAUGAGAAUAAUCCUCUCCAACCUUUAAACCAGAAAGCACACAGAGAAAAAUCUUUCAAAUGUAAUGAAUGUGGCAAGGACUUUAAUCAGGGCUCUCAUCUCACCAGACAUCUGAUGGUCCAUACUGGAGAGAAGCCAUAUAAAUGUGAUGUGUGUGGCAAAGUCUUCAGUCAGAAGUCAAACUUAGCAAGUCAUCGUAGAAUCCAUACUGGAGAGAAACCAUACAAAUGUAAUCAGUGUCCCAAGGUCUUCAGUCAACAUUCACACCUCGAAAAUCAUCUGCGAGUUCAUACUGGAGAGAAGCCUUAUAAAUGUAAUGAGUGUGGCAAAGCUUUUAGGGUGCGUGCAAGCCUACUUAACCAUCAGGUGAUCCAUACUGGAGAGAAACCUUACAAAUGUGAGUGUGGCAAGGCAUUUUUCCAAAGGUCACAACUUGUAAAACAUCACAGAACUCAUACUGGAGAGAAACCACACAAAUGUAAUGAAUGUGGUAAAGCGUUUGUCCAAAAUUCAAGUUUAGUGGACCAUCAAAGAACUCAUUUUGGAGAGAAACCACAUAAAUGUUACGAGUGUGGUAAAGCCUUUUUUGUACGUUCAGGCCUGACUAACCAUCUGAUAAUUCAUGCUGGAGAGAAACCUUACAAAUGUAAUGACUGUGGAAAGGCUUUUAUCAAUCGUUCAAACCUUAAGCGUCAUGAGAGUAUUCACUCUGGAGAAAAGCCAUACAGAUGUAAUGAGUGUGGCAAAGCCUUUAGGCAGUGGUCUGACACUAGGAUUCACCAAAGAAUUCAUGCUGGAGAGAAACCAUACAAAUGCGAUGAGUGUGGCAAAGCCUUUACUCAAGUUUCCCACCUCAGUAAACACCAGAUAAUUCAUACUGGAAAGAAACCAUAUAAAUGUGAUCUGUGUGACAAGGUCUUCAGUCAGAAUUGCCAUCUUUCCAGCCAUCGGAGAAUUCAUACCGGAGAGAGACCUUAUAAAUGUAAUGAGUGUGGCAAAGCCUUUAGGCACUGGUCUGAAAUCAGGAUUCACCUAAGAAUUCAUGCUGGAGAGAAACCUUACAAAUGCAGUGAGUGUGGCAAAGCCUUUACUCAGGGUUCCCACCUCAGUAAACACCAGUUAGUCCACACUGGAGAGAAACCAUAUAAGUGCGAUAUGUGUGAUAAAGUCUUCAGUCAAAAUUCCCAUCUUGCGAGCCAUCGGAGUAUUCAUACUGGAGAGAGACCUUACAAAUGUAAUGAGUGUGGCAAAGCCUUUAGGCAGUGGUCUGACAUCAGGAUUCACCUAAGAAUUCAUGCUGGAGAGAAACCAUACAAAUGCAGUGAGUGUGGCAAAGCCUUUACUCAGGGUUCUCAACUUAGUAAACACCAGAUAAUCCAUACUGGAAAGAAACCAUAUAAAUGUGAUCUGUGUGACAAAGUCUUCAGUCAAAAUUCCCAUCUUUCGAGUCAUCGGAGAAUUCAUACCGGGGAGAAACCGUACAAAUGUAGUGAGUGUGGUAAAGCUUUCCGCGUGCAUUCUAGCCUAACUUAUCAUCAGGUAAUUCAUACCGGAGAAAAACCUUACAAAUGUAGGGAGUGUGGCAAGGCCUUUAUCAAACCACUGCACCUUCGACAUCAUGAAAGAGUCCACACUGGAGUGAAGCCUUACAAAGGUAUAGAAUAGAAUGCGACAAGCCCUGUAGACAGUGCUGUGACAUCAGUGCUCAAAGAAUUCACACUGGAGAGAAACCCUACAGAUGUGAUGAGUGUGACUAGGCCUUUCAUCAGGGCUCCCAUCUUAGUACAUGUCAGAUAAUCCACACUGGAGAGAAACUGUAUCAGUGCAAUGUAUGUGGCCAAGUCUUCAGUGAAAAGUCACACCUUGUGAAUCGUCUCAGAAUUCAUACUGGACAGAAGCCUUGGGAAUGCAAUCAGUGUGGCAAAGCCUUUAAUGUGCUUUCAUGCCUAACAUCAGCUAAUUCAUACUGGAGAGAGAGCUUACAAAUGUAAUGAAUGUAGUAAGGCUUUGAAUAGAUGUUCACACCAUAAGCUUAAGAGAAAAUUCAUACUGAAGAGAAGCCAUAUAAAUAUAUUGAAUGUGGCAAGAUGUUUAGUCAGUGAUCUCACCACAGGAUUCACCAACCAUUCUGGAGAGAAACCUUAGAGAUGCAGUGAGGUUAAUAGAGCCUUUACUUAGGUGUCACAUCUCACUAAUUAUCAGAUAAUCCAUACUGAAGAGAACCUUACAAAUACAAUGAACAUAGCAGAGCUCUUAAACGUGGCCCUAAACUCAAGGUGCACCAGGUCCAAAUGGCAGUGAAUAUAGCAAAAUUUUAAAGUUGUACUCACUGUUUUUUAGGUAUAAGAAUAUACAUCUUGGAGAAAAAUCAGUAAAUAUGUAUGGCAAAGAUUUUACCUCAAGAUCAAAAUUUGAGGCAUAUCAACUUGUACUGAAGAUAAACCCUGUAAAUGCAAUGACUGACAAAACCUCUUAGCAGCAGUCAUGUGCUACAUGACUUCAGGGAGUCCAUGUUGAAGAGAAACAGAGGCUUUAUUUAGGUCUGUCACUAUACCAAACAGAUGAUCCUUAUUCCUUGGAAGAAUACAGAUGCUAAAUUUUAAAUUCCUGUAUUGCAUGUUAGUAGGUGGUAGAAGAAAAUGUAGAGCUCUAGGUCCUCAUGCUUAUGAUGCCAGAUAGUGCCACUGUGUGUCAUAGAAAGGAUUUUUCUACUAACUGACGAAGACAUAGCUAUUUAUGGUAGAUAGAUCACUAGGAUCUGAUAAUACUGCAGGGAAGAUUAUGGUCACCCACAUUGAAUGGCAAUAGUUGUUAAAUGUCAAAGAUUAAAGAAAAGUUAGGGUUAAUCUUGAAAAUUGAAGAGAAAAUGUCAUAAAGAGUUUAAUCAAAAGAGCUCAAACAGCAUUUACACAUGUAAAUUCACAUUUAACAAGCAUAUUUUUAUUCAGAAUGUAUUUUAUAUUUUUAUAUAAUCCUGAACAAAUUUUGCCAUGGUUUGUACCUUGACUUAACAUGCAGCAAAAGUAAAGAUACAGUAAGCAUAUGAGAAAUAAAUUCAGGAAGCAGGA